AAACGAUGAAGUCGGACGAUACUUACUUUCAUAUUGUCGCUGGACUGAGCGAGGCUGGAGAAGGAGCUGAAGGAAGGGAGCGCAGCCUGCGUGACAGCCAUCGAGCACUUUGAUAUACAGACGAUUGUCAGAGGUUUUGACCGUUAGGAGGUGGAGCACACGAGGCCGAGCAGGCGGCUGUCUCCUCACAGAUAAUGAACUCCUGACGGCUGCUGAUCCCUGAUGAGGAGCCAGCGCUGAUAAAGAGCCUCUCUUCCCUCCUCACAGUGACGACUGCACACGCUCUACACACAGCCCCUCUAUGGCCUGAACACAUUGUUUGUUUGUUAGUUUGUUGUCCUUACAAACACCUGUGAUACUAUCAUACUCCCAACUACAAGUUGAAAACAGAAAGUCAAUAAAAGAAGAAGAGAUAUUGUGUAGUUGUUUGAUCUAAAAACUUGCUCUAGUAAUCCAACUGAUUAUGAGAACAAGUCUUUUGAUAGUAAUUGUAUAGUUUCAUGGUUUAAAUCAUCAGAAGUGGAAGAAUCACUCAGAUCUUGUACUUCAGUAAAUGUAGAAAUACCAGAGUGUAGGAAUACUCUGUUACAAGUACAAGUCCUGUAUUGACAAUGUUACCCAAUGUUUAAAAGUAUUUGUAUCUAAAUAUACUUAAAAUACCAAAAGUAAAAGUAUUCAUUAUGCAGAUAUAUUUGCGGAUACAUUGGCCUAUUUCACAAUCAUAUAUUGUGUAUAUUCUGUUUUUAUCAGGCCUGUAAAGGUGGAACAAGUUUUAAAUAUUUUAUUUGUAGUAGCAUGUGAAUUGAAUACAGGUAUAACUAAAGUCUUAUUUAAGUGUUGAUCAUAUUGUUUAUCAUUAAUCUAUAUCUUUAACUUAAGGUUAUACACAAAUGUAGUGGAGUAAAAGUAUACUAUUUAUCUCGGUUUUGUGGUGGAAUAGAAGUACAAAGUAACAUCAAUUCAAGUAAAUGUACUUAUUUACUUGACACCACUGUAAAUAAUAAUUAGGUUGCAUUGUGUUCUCAAAAAAAAAUGAGCUCCACCUAAACCAAUAGUUAAAUACAGCUUUUACAUUAAUCCGCGAGUAAAAUCAAUCUAAUAAUAUAUUAGUACAAUAGUUCGUUUUUCUUUAAAUACUCAAAGUACAUUUUUAGUGAUUAUGUGUAUUUUACUUUGGGGUUUCAAUGCAGGACUCUACUUGUAACAGAGUAUUAUUUUUGACAGUGUGGUAGGUAUUUGUACUUAUAUUUAAGCAAAAUACUUAAUCCACGGCUGGUCGUACCCUAAAUAAUUUAGGAAUAAUAUAAAUAUCAAACACAAAUAUGCCCUAAAAUGCUUAUGGGCUUAUUUGGGAAUAAUAUAGAUGCUAUGCAUAUAAAGCGUUUAAAGUUAAUAUAAAUGAAUUAAGAGGCCAGAGUUUCUUAAAUCUCAAUGUCUACAUGUAUGACAGCCAUUCCAUUGUCUGUUGAAUUCCAACACAGAGAAAGGUUGUCUGUAGUUAAUAGAAUAUCAUUUUAAAAAACUUAAAUUGUACUCAAACACAUAGCCCAAAAAUAGUUAAACCAGAGAAACUGAUAAUGCUGCUGUGGUCUCUUAAUUUUUUUCCAGAGCUGUAUGUUAUGUCCAUUCUGAAUUCUGGCUUUGAAACAUUUAUUUAUAUUCUAUUUAGUUUGUAACAAAUUCAUAAUUAGUUUUGCACAUUAUCAAUCGAAGUAUCAACACAACCAUAUGUCUGUCUCCAUCUAGUGGCCAUUUGUUAAAACUACAUAGGCCUAUCUACAUAAGCCUACGACAAAUAAUAAUCACACAGAUCCGUUUGUUGUUAAAUAGUAUGUAAUGUAGUUCCAAAAGAAAAGGAAAAAACUCAUCAAGUUAUUUAUAAAAUGUGUGUUUUAUUAUGUGUCUAUUUAUGCGAACAUUAUCCACCUCCAGCGGAAGAGCUUGAAGCUGAGCUGUUGUUAGUUGCUAUGGCAACAUACAUACACUGCCGUCUGUAACCCGGAGGACGACCGACAUUAGGACUUGCUACAGGAGAAAACUUAUUUAAAGUUACAGAUGGAGGCCUCCUCACAGAGCAGAGAUGGAGGACUGUGGAACAAGCCCAGAGCGACCCAGUACAGCCAACAGACCCAGGAUCUGCUGAGACUAAUGAUGCAGGAAUCAAGACUCAACAACCUCCAGAGAAAACAGAUCAACCAAUGCCUCAAAAAUGGAGCAGCUUUACCUCUGAACUCUGACCCCACACCAUCAUCUUCACCCGUUCAGCUGAAAACCAGUAAAUGUGUCCAGAAGCGUGUUCCAGGGAAGCCUCAGAGACGCAGCGCUGAGUCCUGUCGCUCGGAUAACAGCUACGUCAGAGAGAAGUUCUGUCCUGGUCCUUCAAGAGACUUGGAGAAAGAGAAGAGGAGGCUUCAGAAUAUUUUGGCAACAGGAGAAGAAGAGCCCAAAGCUUCCCAACAUGUUUCUGCCUGUCGGAACCAAGAGGUCGCUGAGCAGAGAGACCGCUAUCAGAUAGUUGUGGAUGAGAUACAGGAGAGGAGACAGUUCCUGGCAGAGAUGGGCUCACUGGGUCAGGAGAGGCAGUACAGCAGCAUCAUCAACUCGGAGAUAUCCCAGAGGAUCCGAGAGCUGCAGGUGUUGGAGAAGACUCGCAGUCUGACAUUUGAGAGGCAGGUCACAGAAAAGAUGGAGAUAAACGAGACAGAAGAAGAGAAGACUCACUGCCAUUGAGACAUUGAGACAUUAUCUGUAUCACGCACUAAAGUUACAAGAAACAUGAAGGACUUGCAGUAAGUUAUUUUAUUCCUCUGCCUUCCGGUGUCAGUAUGUUUUGUAAUAACCCUGCUGCUGUUAGAGAACACGUGGCGCUACAGAAGCCCUUGGUUACAGCCGACAGGAGGACAGGAGGACAGGAGGACAGGAGGACAGGCACAGAGCAGAGGCACAACGCAGACUGCAGUUCAAAUGGAGGACAAACAUACUGACAGUUACAUCAAACAAAUGACACUGAAAUUAAAUAAAUGGCACGGACAAACAAUAUUAA